UACAGCCGUAGUACAAACCGAUAACAGGUGCAUGACGCAAAACAGACAACCGACAACUACUAGUUUUCUUUCUAUAUAAACAAACGCAAAGACGUCGAAAGACACUGCACAACCCCGAGGACAGUAGCAACAGAAUGAUAAGAGUCAGAUCACUCUGCUGACCUUCAAACCCACAGUGGCUCACCACACACACACACAGAAACACCGGCAUGUCAGGCAGCUACACCCCAGCCCCUGGGGGCCCGUUCUCGGCCCUCACCCCCAGCAUGUGGCCUCAGGACAUCCUGGCCAAGUACUACCAGAAAGACACUUCAGAGGAGUCUGACCUGCAGUACGAUGAGUUUGGCUUCAGACUGGACAGCGAAGACGGCCCCGAGCGCCAGGUGCCCCUGGGGGGCGAGGGCUCGCCCCAGCGCGAGGACCCCCAGCAGCGCCUGCGCUGGCAGGCCCACCUGGAGUUCACCCACAACCACACGGUGGGGGACCUCACCUGGGAGCUGAUCUCGCCCUGCCUGCCGCGCUCCGAGCGCCUGCGCACCCUGGUGCUGGGGGGCAUCCCCCACAGCAUGAGGCCUCAGCUGUGGAUGCGUCUGUCCGGGGCCCUCCAGAAGAAGAGGAGCUCUGAGAUCACCUACAGAGAGAUCGUCAAGAACAGCUCCAACGACGACACCACGGCCGCCAAACAGAUAGAGAAGGACCUCCUGAGAACCAUGCCCUCCAACGCCUGCUUCUGCAGCCUGUCCAGUGUGGGUGUGCCCAGGCUCAGACGGCUCCUGAGGGGGCUGGCCUGGCUCUACCCAGACAUAGGCUACUGCCAGGGCACCGGCAUGGUGGUGUCGUGCCUGCUGCUGUUCCUGGAGGAGGAGGACGUGCUGUGGAUGAUGUGUGCCUUGGUGGAGGACCUGCUGCCGCCGGCCUACUUCACCUCCACGCUGCUGGGCGUGCAGACGGACCAGAGGGUGCUGAGGCAGCUGCUGGUCCAGUACCUGCCCCGCCUCGACCGCCUGCUGCAGGAGCACGACAUCGAGCUGUCUCUGAUCACCCUCCACUGGUUCCUGACGUCCUUCGCCAGCGUGGUGGACAUCCGCGUGUUGCUGAGGAUCUGGGACCUGCUGUUCUACCAGGGCUCCCUGGUGCUCUUCCAGGUCACGCUGGGCAUGCUGAAGAUCAAGGAGGAGGAGCUGGUGGCGUCGGAGAACUCGGCCUCCAUCUUCAACACGCUGUCCGACCUGCCCAGCCAGCUGGUGGACGGGCCCGCAGUACUGGGCGAGGCCAUGCGGCUGGCGGGGGCGCUGUCCCAGGACACGCUGGAGGCCCAGAGGCACAAACACCUGGCCUACAUCCUCAACGAACAGGCCCAGCUCAGCACCGGCAACGGUCACCAGGGCAACGGCAACCUCAACAAGGUGGUACGUCGCCAGUCUCUGCGCAGGAAGUCCACCCUGAGCUCUCUGCUGUUUGGGGAGGACGAGGCCGAGGCUCUGAAGUCUAAGAACAUCAAGCAGACUGAGCUGGUGGAGGCCCUGAGAGAGGCCAUCACCCGCACGGCCGAUCACUUCCACUGCCUGGACCCCCGGCACUCCAGCACUGAACUGACUCCAGACUACUCCAUGGAGAGCCACCAGAGAGACCACGAGAACUUCCUGGUGGUGUCCCGUAACCGACGGAGACGGGCCAAAGCCCUGCUGGACUUUGAGCGCCACGACGACGACGAGUUGGGCUUCAGGAAGAACGACAUCAUCACGGUGAGUGGGCGUGGCUGUUUGCACAUUGUUGAACGUCAGUUUCAUGCAUCUGAUUGGCUCUCGUCUUUCUCUCCUCAGAUCGUUUCUCAGAAGGACGAGCACUGCUGGGUGGGAGAGCUCAACGGCUUGAGAGGCUGGUUUCCUGCCAAGUUUGUGGAGAUCCUAGAUGAAAGGAGCAAAGAGUACUCGCUGGCGGGAGACGACUCGGUGACGGAGGCGGUGACUGAUCUGGUGAGGGGGGCGCUGUGCCCCGCCCUGAAGGCCAUCUUCCAGCACGGCCUGAAGAAGCCCUCCAUCCUGGGGGGGCCCUGCCACCCCUGGCUCUACAUCGAGGAGGCUGCCAGCAGAGAGGUGGAGAGAGACUUCAACUCAGUCUACUCCAGACUGGUUCUGUGUAAGACUUACAGGUUGGAUGAAGAUGGUAAGGUCCUCACCCCAGAGGAGCUGCUGUACAGAGCGGUGCAGUCUGUGAACAUGAGCCACGACUCUGCACACGCUCAGAUGGACGUCAAGUUCCGCUCCCUCAUCUGCGUGGGCCUCAAUGAGCAGGUGCUGCACCUGUGGCUGGAGGUGCUGUGCUCCAGCUUGGGGACAGUGGAGAAGUGGUACCAGCCCUGCUCCUUCCUGCGCAGCCCCGGCUGGGUCCAGAUCAAGUGUGAGCUCAGGGUCCUCUCCAAGUUUGCCUUCAGCCUCUCCCAAGACUGCGAGCUGCCUGCUAAGAAAGAGGAGAAGGAGCAGAGGCCACUGAAGGAGGGAGUUCAAGACAUGCUGGUGAAGCAUCACCUCUUCAGCUGGGACAUCGAUGGCUAGACACUCCUUUCUCCUGCAGUCCCUCUCCCCCCUCUCUCUCUCUCUCCCCCCCUCCUC